CCACCAUGGACGAGGUUGACGAGGAUGAGGUCCGGCGGCAGGUCGCGGUCGCGCUCUACCGCCAUGAGAAGGGCCGCGCGCUUGCACUCAAGAAGCAGCGCGAUAUCCGGCGGGCAGCAGCGUUACAGACCGCCAAGCUUCGUCGGCGCGAGGCUGCUUGCUGCUCCGAGAUGGCGGCCGAGGACACAGCCUCCCGCGCCGCCCAAGCCUACUACUUUGGCCUCCUCCGCGCCGAGGCCGAGAAGCGCAAGUACGACGAGGAGCAAAAGGUUCUGCAGCUCGUAUCGGCAGCGCGGAAAACAGCCAAGUCGGCCGGCGCGGUCUUGAGCACGCCAGGCGCCCGAGGCCUCGAGCGCUUGGAGGUCCUGCGCCAGCGCACGGCGACGAUAGAGCGCGACGCGGAGCUCCGACGCACCAUGCGCCCUCCAGGACUGCACCUCGAGGCCCUUCGCGUCCGAACGCUCUUGGCCGCGCACGGCACGGACCACGCGAUCGAGUGCUUGGAGCGCGCCAUCCACGAGCAGCACUGGCCCGAGAUGCUGCAUUUGCUGGCGACGACGCCGAGGCUCUCGGCCGACUUUGAGACGUCGACGGGCUACACGCCGCUCGUCAUGGCGCUGUGCCACUGCAAGCCCAGCAUUGCGCGGACGCUCUUGAGCAAGCACGGCGCGUCGCCGCACCGCGAAACAUCAGACGGCAAGACGCCGCUGCUCGCGGCCAUUUGGGGCAACGACGUCGACGGUCUUCGGCUCCUCGUGCAGGAUUUUGGCGCCAACGUCCGCGCCGAGUCGACGCACUACGUGACGCCGCUCCUCUUUGCGAUCGAGAAAGGCCGGCUCGCGUGCGUCCAGCAGCUGCUCGCGUUUGGCGCGGACCCGAACGACGCCAACGUCGAGGGAACCACGCCUUUGAUCGCAGCGACUCUGGCCCAGCAGAUGGACGCCAUCGAGGUGCUUGUCGCCGCGGGCGCGCGCUGGGAGAUUCGCGGCAAAGACGACCGGACGGCGCUCGAGUGGGCGAUCCGGUGUCAAUUCCACGCCUUCCACGACCGGCUCGAGCUGCUGCGCUUCCGUCCGCCCACGCAGAGCACCGAUCGCGAUGCAGCGCGGCGGCUGCGCGAGCGACGCGCCGACACCGCCAUUGCGAGCCGAGACGUCGAGAGCCUUUUGGGCAUGGUGCGGCGCGGCGAGGUGAGUCCGAACUUUGAGGGACAGGCGCAUUGCACGCCAAUGCUCGCCGUCUCUCGAAUGGGCACGUUAGCGCAGCUGCAGUCGCUCUUGGCCCUCGGCGGGCUUCCGAAUCAGCCGAAUCAGCUCGGCCAAACACCGUUGCUAUCGGCGUGCGAACGCGGGCACGGCGACAUGCUCAUCUGCCUUGUGAACGUCGGUGCGACCUUUGCCUACUGCGACUUUCGCGGCCACGAUGCAUUUACACAUCUCAAGGAAUUUCCCGACUUGGUGAGCCAGUGGACGCCGUACCGCCGGCAGUUUACGACCGCGCUCACACUGGGUACGCCGAGUCGCCUCGCCACCUCGUCGGUACCGCAUCCGUUUGGAAUGCGCACCGAGCUCCGUCCCGAGUCGGCCGACAUUCUUCGAGUGGCGACGCCGCAGCUGCAAUCACCGCCCGAGGACCCGGACGUGCUGGAUGCAAAUACGCAGCACAAGUGGCAGCUGCAGCAAACGGGUCUGCGCCAGCGACCGGGGAAGCGCCGCGUCUUUGAAGAGGAGCGACACAAGGUGCUGAAGGCGCGGCAAGCCCCGCGCCGGAACGCACUUGCCGUGGUCCAGCCCGACCCAGAAACCGUUGCCCGGCCUCUCUGCGGCAACUGCGUCUUGGUCCGCGCCACGGCCUACUGCCAAGAAUGUAGGCUCGCCUACUGCGACAAGUGCGUGAUGGAGCGCCAUAUUGACGCCGACGCGCGUCACCACAGCACGGGUCCUAUUACGCCCGAGGACAUUUGCCGCGUCAAGCCGCCCAAGCCGUCGGAUCCGCCCGAAGCGCAGCCCCUCUCCAAGAGCGUCAACCAGUCGCUGGACGCCAUCGCUGCGCUGCGGACGCUCUUAAGCGCGUCGUGCGAGCCGUCGAGAGCAAUGACGCCGGACAUGGACCCGGAGAUCAAGCUGCGGCUGCUGCGCGACCGCCGCGAGGACGAGCGGCGGCGACGCGAGGCCCACUUGACGUUGAACGUACCACAGGUCGCGGCUUCCACCGCCGCCGCGCAAGGCUCGUCGCUCUUUAGCAAGCCGAGCGAGAUACGGCUCGCGCGCACGUAUACGCAGCAAGGCAAGUUUACGAAAGCCGAGGCCGUCCUCCUGGACGCAUACAACAUGCAAGUUGCAUCGUUUGGCGCGACGCACCCGCUCGUGGGCAAGACGCUGUACGAAAUGGGUGUCGUCUCCAGCGCAAAAGGCGAGACGCGCGAGAGCAGUGCCAAGCUGCUCGAAUCGAUUGCGUGCUUUGAACAGCACCUGCCGCUGGACCACAACGAUCUCCUCCAGUCGACGAAAGCUCUCUUCGAGUGCUGGAGCAACGGUCGCGAGUGGGGUCUCUGCGCAGCGUUUGCCAAAGGGCUGAGUAUCCAGCGACGCGAUGCGCUCGGGCCCGAACACCCACUGACGCUGGAGGCGAUCGCCCUUCGCGCGAGCUACGAUGCGCAGUGGGAGCUGCAACUCAUGCUUCGCGAAGAUGCUCGGGGCCAGCGGCUUCUCGACAUUGCCACCAACGGCGCGUCGUACGUCGAUGCGGCGCAAGGACGGCGCCACUCGCAGUUCUUCAAGCUAUUGACGAGCCCCAAGACAGAAGAUGUGCAGCGCUUCGUUCGCUACGCCGACACGACGCUGUACGCCGUGUACAUCGAAUUUUGGCUCGCCGUCCACGGCUUCCACGUCGCGUGCGACGCGAAAGCGCCAGGGUUCCAGCCAUAUAUUGCCGCGCGGGACCUCUUCAAAGCCUUCUUGAAGACGCAGCGCAUCAAGUGCACGACGGCAACGCUGCGCAACGAGAUUCGCCAGUGUCUUCGCGGCGAGACGAAAGAGACCAAGCCGAUUCGCGACAUCUUCAACUGCGUCUUCGACCUCGUGUUUCAAACGACGUGGAAGAGCGUCUACCUCCCGUACCUUCAGACGCCUGACGGCAUGGCGUGGCACGAGGCCGAGCACAAGGCAGCCAUCGACGAGUACAAUGACCUCGUCGCCUCGGGCUUGCUGGAGCCACGCACGAGCCCACUCGGAUAGUUGUCCAAGUUGCACUCGAAUAAUUUAAAGAUGUGCAUCACAGACCUUUAGUUAGUCGAAACCGCC